CUCGCCAUACAAAACAAAGCUCUCUGCGCUGCUUCCAUUCGGUUUUUUUUUUACACCGACCAUCGGAGCUGGCUGGAGGAUCUGCGUGCACUCGGAAAAGAAAAUCCUCUGCGCUGGAAGGAAAAUGGAUUUACAGCAGAUAGUCUAAUAAGCCGGAUCAGGAUAGUAAAAAAAAAAAAAAAAAACAGGAGGAGGUUGUUGUUUCGAUCGAAUCCUGCUUUGAGUGUUUUUUUGUCGUUGCGAUCCAGAGUCUGGGGGGGAAAUAAAGCGAUCGCCAUGUUGUUACCGAAAGGGCUUCACUGAACAGGCUGGACUAAAGGGAAUAAUCGCGUUUUAUUUCCUCCUGUCUCCAUCGUGCUCUCGCCGUUUUGCUGACUGUUUGUCCUCGGCGACAUGGCGGAGCAGAGCUACUCCUGGGCGUACUCCCUCGUCGACUCCAGCCAGGUGUCCACCUUCCUCAUCUCGAUCCUCCUCAUCGUCUACGGCAGCUUCAGGUCAUUAAAUAUGGACUGCGAGAACCAGGACAAGGACAAGGAUGGAAAUCCUGCAGCCACCAGCUCUUUCAACAACACCAACUCUAACAACAGUAUUCAGACCAUCGACUCCACACAGGCUCUGUUCCUCCCGAUCGGGGCAUCUGUCUCGCUCCUCGUCAUGUUCUUCUUCUUUGAUUCGGUCCAGGUGGUCUUUACCAUCUGUACUGCAGUUCUGGCCACUAUAGCGUUUGCGUUCCUGCUGUUGCCGAUGUGCCAGUAUCUGACGCGACCCUGUUCUCCACAGAACAAGAUUUCAUUUGGCUGCUGUGGCCGCUUCACCUUGGCCGAGUUGCUCUCCUUCUCUCUCUCCGUCAUGCUCGUCCUCAUCUGGGUGCUCACGGGACACUGGCUCCUCAUGGACGCGCUGGCGAUGGGUCUGUGUGUGGCCAUGAUCGCCUUUGUGAGACUCCCCAGUCUGAAGGUGUCCUGUCUGCUCCUGUCUGGUCUGCUCAUCUAUGAUGUUUUCUGGGUCUUCUUCUCAGCCUACAUCUUCAACAGUAACGUGAUGGUGAAGGUGGCCACGCAGCCGGCCGAUAACCCUCUGGACGUCAUCUCCCGUAAGCUGCACCUGGGCCCCAGCAUGGGCCGCGACGUGCCUCGCCUCUCGCUCCCGGGUAAGCUGGUGUUCCCGAGCUCCACGGGCAGCCACUUCUCCAUGCUGGGCAUCGGUGACAUCGUCAUGCCCGGACUGCUGCUCUGCUUUGUGCUGCGUUACGACAAUUACAAAAAGCAGGCGACCGGCGAGGCACAGAGUCCCGCCAACAUGUCCGGGCGCAUGCAGCGCGUCUCCUACUUCCACUGCACCCUCAUUGGCUACUUCGUGGGGCUGCUGACUGCGACCGUGGCGUCUCGGAUUCACCGCGCGGCUCAGCCCGCUCUGCUCUACUUAGUGCCCUUCACCCUGCUGCCUCUGCUCACCAUGGCCUACCUGAAGGGCGAUCUGCGGCGCAUGUGGUCCGAGCCGUUCCACGCCAAGUCCAGCAGCUCCCGGUUCAUGGACGUAUGAUGGCCACGAGCGAGACGGGUGGCAUUCAAUCCUACUCAUCCCCAACACGCACAGAGAGAGGGAGAGGGAGAGCAGGGACACGGGAGGGAACGAGGAGUCGCACUCGUCUUCUUCUCAUCCCCUUAUUCGUCGAUCAGAUGGAGAGCCGCUUGUCUUCACUGCCAGAUGGAUUCUGCUCAGCACAUUCACUCCCCUUCUCUUUUUAUUACCUCUUCUGUUUCCUUAUCAUCUCUCUCUCUCUCUCUCUCUCUCUCUCUCUCAUAUUUCCCCUACUGGUCCCUGUCGGACUGAGAGGCCACUCCUUAUUAGACUUGUCUUUAUGGGACACAAGCGGUGCUCGCUGAGCGCCUCGUGACUUUUUUUUCUAAUCGGCGUCAUUAUGGAUAUGCAGACAGUUGGUGUGUGUUUUUUUUUUUUGUUUUUAUUUUUGUUUGUUUCUGAAUUAUGGAGAAGACUCUGAGAAAGAAAUCUCAGCUUAGGACAAUGAUUACCCUAAAGGGACCAACACAAGGACACACACACACACACACGUACACGAGGCCUGUACGAAGGUACAGAUGCUUUCCUGCUUCUCUCUCUCUCUCUCGCAUCCUCCCUCUCUCCUUUCCCGCUCUCUGAUAAGCCCCGCCCCUUUCCCCUUUACAGAUAUGUGUAUUUUAUUUAGAAAAAUUUUAUUCUUGACAUAUAAAGAAGCGACGCAUUAUGAAUCGGAGGCGUGUCCUUACCUUCAGGAAGGCCACGCCCCUUUAUGUAUAUAUGUGUACACAUGUAUUAGGGUUAUCAUGUUGGGGUGUGUCUGCGUUUGUGUGAUCAAAUAUGAAGUGUGUGUGUGUUCCCUUUGUUGCUUUUUUUUUUUUUUUUUUCCUUCUUCUUUCAGGUGGAUUUGUAGUCAGGGGUCGAUGGGAAAUGCGUUUUUUUUUUUUUUUUUUUUUUUUGUAAAUCCCCACUCUAAAUGUCGCACAGUUACACUUUUUGCGAGCACGUUCCCUCGUUUAAAGGAACAGUUUGGUAAAAUUUGGAUUUCAAAAAGCCGCCAUUGGGGUUUUUUUCCCUCUGAGUUCUGAAGUAAGGGAAGAGCGCGGUUCUGACUGUCCGUGAUGACGCGUUCGAGUUUUGUUUAUCUGCUUGUUUGUUUAUUUAUUUAUUUAUUUUUAGAUUACAAAGAUCGAGUCUCGUCGUGUCCUAGUCCGCUUUCCAACGCCAGUGCAGUUGAAUUCUUCAGAUCGUGUAAAAAAAAAAAUAUAAAAAAAAAGAAUUCCAGUUUGAUCCUACAGAGCAGGUUUGUAUUAGUGCACUUGUUUCUGGCGUGUUUUACUCGUUGCUAUAGCAACCGCUCGUUGACUUGUAUGGUCAGUCUCUCACCCGAUCCAACUGUAACAAACUCUUCUCUGGUCUGGUUCUGAGACCGUCUCGGUCUCUGUCUGAAUCUAAUCAGACUGUUGUGCGGUUUAAGCUCGGAUCGCGUUUGACGUUUGUUUGUUUGUUGAUCUAUAUUUUAUGUUCUCUGUAUGCAUAAAUGGCGUAGUGGUUAGCAUUGUCGCUUUGCAGCUCCAGGUCUUGGGUGUGUGGGUUCACGGUUUUCUCCCACAGUCCAUAAACACACAGAUUAGUCUAAUUGGCGUUCCCGUAACUGUCUGUGUUGUGUGAGAUGGAUUGGCACCCUGUCCAGGGUGUACCCCGCCUGAUGCCCAAAGUCUCCGGGAAUGU